AUGGGCGGCCCCGUCGCUGCCCUUCGCGGCCACGUCGCCGCCCCUAGCGGCCCCGUCGCCGCCCUUCGCGGCCCCGUCGCCGCCCUUCGCGGCCCCUUGCGGCCUCUUCUUAGCCCCGUCGCCACCCUUCCCGGCCCCUCCUCGGCUCCUCCGCCACCAGCAGCAGCCGCCGCCGCCGCCUGCAGUAGCCGACAGCAGCAAACGCCGCCGACAACAGCGGCGGCCACCACCAGCAGCAGCCGUCGCCGACGACAGCAGCGACUGCCGCCGCCACUAACAGCAGCAGCUACCGCCGCGGUCCCGGCUCUGUGCCUGCCGACGCGCCUCGGCCCUGCCUCACUGCUUGCCAGCCCCUACCUACCAGCCCUGUGCGAUAGGAAGGACGGUCUCUCCCUGUUCGAUCUCACGUCUGGCGCCUCUACUGCCCGUGCUGCCGAUGCUGACAGCAUUGUUCGCUCACAGUGGGCCACACGCGAAGCUGCUACUCGUCUUGCUGUGCGUAGUCACUUGCCGUCCACUGAGCGCGCGCACUUUAGUCAGUACAAGAGUGCUAAGACCUUGGACCACUUUCAAUCUGUUUGCCGUACCACACUCACCGUUGACCUCCUCAAGGAGCGCCUCCUGGCAGCUGAGAAGAGUACAGUCCCUGUAGGAGCCUCUUGUGGUGACCCUCGUGCCCCCGUCUUUGAGAGGUGCUCCCCCUCCCCCCUUUUGCCCUCUGUUGCCUCUGCUGUUGCCGUCGACUUCGUUGGCACCGAGUCGGUCCGCACUGCGUCUGCCCCUAGCGGGCGACGCCGCACCGGCAAGGGCAAGGGGGGCAAGGGCGCUAGAGGGGCUCGAGGGGGCGGUGGAGGUGGCGGUGGAGGAGGCGGAGGGAGUGGGGGUGGUGGAGGGAGUGGUGGCGGGGGUGGGGGCUUCGGUGGCGGCGGUGGAGGCGGAGGCGGAGGCGGCGGCGGUGGCGGUGGGAGCGGAGGAGGAGGCGGCGGCGGCGGUGGCGGAUGUGGCGGCGGAGGAGGUGGAGCUAGUCGAGGUGGCUCUGCGCAGGGGGGCGGCUUCGGUGGUGGUCAGCGCCAGCAGCAGCAGCGCACUCGUGAGACCCCGCCCCCCCAGCAGCUUCGUGAGUGGUACGCUUCGCGUCAGCGGGGUGGGGGUGCUAGUCCCUGUACCUACGUCCUGCGUACCGGCGACCGUACGGGUGAGCAGUGCGGGGGCCCGCACCCCACCCAGCGCUGCUUCGGCCGCCUGACGGACGCCUGGCGUCUCUAG